AUGCUACCCUCAGCUAGCACGCUACAGCCAGACAGAGGACCGGACCCACCUGACUACCACGGCUACCGGCAACCGGCCUCCUGCCAGGAAGCCCCCAGGGACCCGCUAAGUCACAACAGACAAGACUCUUACAGUGACCGCUCACAGUGCCCCAGGUACCCAGACUUCCCGGAUCGCCAAAUGCAUGGGCCAAUACGAGGUCGAGACUACCCUGGACCAACAAACCGUGACUUUGACCUUAUUGCCCGCCACAUUAACCGCUUUGAACCCCAACCGGGAAACCUUGCAGACCCCCAGUCGUACCUCAGAGACAUUGACUUCUACUCUAAACGUUUGCUCAAUGCAUCUCUAGAGGACAAAGUAUUCUUAAUUAAGCUUACGUCCAACAGGGAAGUUAAUAACUUUAUAGACAGACAGUCGCCCGCCACACGGCGAAACUACGACAAUCUCUGUCAGGCCCUCCUUGACGAAUACUCUGACUUUGGAACGUCUGGUACACUCACGGCAGCCCUAACCGUCAGACAGGCCUGUAACGAGCCGUCAGACGCUUACUAUCAUAGACUGAGACAGGCAUACUUCGGUAACCAAAAUUACCAAAAUAUGGAGGAGGACAAACACUUUAAAGCCCUGUUCAUCCAAAACCUCCACCCCAGCCUCAGCCUUCUCCUAGAAAAUGAUAGUCCGUACGACUCAGACGACCUUGACUACACAGAAACUGACGGUGCUGAGCCACUAAAUCAGACUGUAUUACAAUCACAGGUCAACACGGACACUUGGGACCCUGACUGGCCAGAGGACAGUCAAUACAUUCCCCAAAAGGACGUCAUGGUGGUACAGGUAAGUUCCUACACCGACGCUGGGGGGAAAACUCCCCCCACAGUCAGGUGCAAACCACCUGUCCAAACGUUAAUUGGAAACUUGCGACUCAAAGGAGCAAACAGGAAACUCCACCUUCCGAUGGCUCUCGAGGACCAAUGGAAACAGGACGCUAUGAUGGAUACGGCAGCAGACAUCAGUCUGAUAUCCAGCGAUCUCUUUGAGCUGGUGGUUGACGGGGGCGUGGCUGGCACUGGCAGCAAUUAG